ACAAUGGAUCUUGGUAACAGAGGGAGGAGAAUCCACUACAACAUGAGGCUCACCUGCUCUCUGCUAAUCAUGGGAGUGUUCUGUGUGACACCUUUCCUCUGCCAUAGCCAAAUUGAUCCACUGGCUCUUGGGCGAGCAGACCCUCAAUGCUGGGAAUCCUCCUCAGCUGUCUUACUGGAAAUGAGGAAGCCUCGUAUUUCUGACUCUGUCAGUGGCUUUUGGGACUUCAUGAUCUUCCUGAAAUCAUCAGAGAACUUGAAACAUGGGGCUCUGUUCUGGGACCUGGCUCAGCUCUUCUGGGAUAUCUAUGUGGACUGUGUGCUCUCCAGAACCCAUGGCCUAGGAAGAAGGCAGCUUGCAGAAGCUGAGCAGAAGAUCACUACUCUACAUUCCCAGUACACAAAGAGAAACCAAGGGACAUUUUCUCAUAUUCAGAGGUCACCAGUUCUGAAGAAGAAAGACAUGUUUGAAGAUUUAAUAAAUAUACACGUGCGUAAGAGUAGAUCUACAUUACUUGGAAGAAUCAUUGGAGAGCUAGGGAAAAAGAGGAAAUGACACAUUUACUUCAAGAUCUCAAUCUGUAGAUUUUUUUUUUGAACUGUUUCUCUUGGAUUUUUGCAUUUUAAUCCUCAGUGAUGUUAAUUUACAUAGUAGUAGCCAUUCUUCCACCAUGAGCACUGUAUUUCUGAUUAACUUUGUGUGUUUGUUAUUUUUGUUUGUUUUUUACACUGCCUAUGAAUUUAGUCUCCUUAAUAAACUGCAUGGUUUAUAAGCAGUUGCCUACUUUAAUCUGUAUGUAUAUCAGGCUUUUUGUAAUGCAUGUGACCUACUCAAACCAUUAUAUUUUGGGUGCCAAAACAGGAAACAACUGAUCCUCCAAUAACAUAUAGACAAACAGAGCAGAAAGCUGCCAUAAACCUCCACCAGCUCCAGGACAGGAUUUGAGCUGAGGUGGUGAUGUUUUACUGAGUGCAGUUAUAUACACAUGCAAAUCAACUGCUGCCGAAAGACACCAUCCUGCUAAAGUAGUAUGUAUUUUUAUAUUAAAAAUAUCU